GAAGUGUCUCAAAGAUGCCUGGUUCAUCUUUGACGCGAUGUUGGUCAUCCUGAUGAUCGUAGAGGUUUGGGGAGUUUAUUUGGUGAUGUUGCUCAACGGCGAGUCGGUGAGCGUCUUUCAGAAUGCCACCAUCUUACGCAUCCUGCGGGUCUUGAGGUUGCUGCGGACGGCUCGCAUGGCCAAGAUCUUGAGAACGAUGCCCGAGCUGAUGUUGCUGAUCAAAGGCAUCGUGGUGGCCACGCGGUCCGUCUUCUUCACGCUGGCACUGCUGGGCAUCUUCAUCUAUGUGUUCUCCAUCAUCUUUAUCCAGCUGACGAGAGACACAACACUGGGGGACAAAUACUUCACAAGGUUUACGGAGUCGAUGCUCACGCUGCUCUUGGACGCUGUCCUGCCGGAUCUCAGUGUCUUCAUGCGUGAAAUUAUCGACGAGGGAGCAGUCGUAGCGAUUGUGAUGUUUGUGUUCAUCCUCCUGGGUUCAGUAACAAUGAUGAACAUGCUUGUGGGCGUGUUGGUGGAGGUCAUAAAAACCGUCAGCGAGAUUGAACGUGAACAGAUGGAAGUCUCCUUCGUGAAGAAGAUUUUUUCGGACAUGAUCACCAAGCUGAAUUUGGACGCAGAUGGCGACAACAAGAUCUCCAAAGAUGAGUUUGAUACCCUGCUCUCGAAACCUGAAGCUGCCAAAGCGUUGCUGAACAUAGGUGUUGAUGUGGUUGGUUUGGUGGACUAUCGCGAUGUGCUCUUCGGGAAAGAAGGCGAUGUGGAGCUCUCUUUUGCAGAGUUCAUGGAGGCGAUUCUCGAACUACGAGGUACCAACAACGCAAAAGUGAAAGAUAUCGUGGACCUGCGCAAGUUCUUGUCACAGGAGACAGGUGCCAUUUACGAAUUGGUUGCCACCGUCACCGCCCCGGACGACGAUGCGAGCAGCGUGUCCUCUUUUGGACAUCGUGCUCACUCCAAACGUUCAGCUUCGAAGAUUAAUGAGGAAUGCUGAAGCCAGUCUGCUGAAAAUAUGUGAAAAUGACUUGUGGACUGUGAAUGAACGCUGUAGUUUCC